UAUUAGUGUGAGCAGUGCGAAACAUCAAACCGGUCGUGAACUUUUGUACUAUAUUACUUUUGUUUGCUAUAUUAAUGUGUUAAAUGGUGUGUUUUUUUAGCUGCUACAAUCGCAGGUUAGACGUCGCGUUGGGCAGAACAUAACGCGGACGAAACAAUGGUUAAGCUCAAAUCGGGGCAGCUGCAUCUGUUUACCGGCUUCGUAACGGGAUUUGUUUGCGCUUUCAUGCUGAUUCUCAACAUUUACGAUGUGCACAUUGACAUCAGCUGUUGGUCGACCAGCAGCAGCAGCGAUUGCUCCACCUCCACUGCAGCGCACAGAUUUGAGCGAGAUCUGGCGCCUGACAUUCGUGUGCUCUGCAUGGUGCUCACCUGCCCAGAAAAUGUUGAGCUCAAAGCCCAGCACGUGCACGCCACCUGGGGCAAGCGCUGCAACAAGCUAAUCUUCGUCAGCAGCGAGAACUAUGAACCGCUGGGCGUCGUUAAGGUGGUCGAACCACAUGCCGGCAGCUAUACCGAUUUGUGGGAUAAGACACGAGAGGGAUUCCGAUAUGUUUGGAGGGAAUAUGGCGAUCAAUACGAUUGGUUUGUGAAGGCUGACGACGACACCUACAUUAUUAUGGAAAACAUGCGUCGCAUGCUCAGCGUCUAUGAUCCCGCCAUGCCCCUAUAUUUUGGCUACCAGAUGAAACGCUAUAAUGUGAGUUACAUGUCCGGUGGCGCUUCGUAUGUGCUCAGUCGUGAGGCACUGCAUCGCUUUAUGAGCGAGGCCUACAGCUCGGAGAAAAUCUGUCCGGCAGUUAAGGAAUGGGGCAUUGAGGAUUUCUAUAUGGGCGUGUGCCUACAAAAUGUGGGCGUGCAUUUUAUAGACUCUCAGCGCGCAUUGCCCGAAGAGAACAAGACAAAGUUUUUUCCACUCGAUGUUGGGGAAUUUGUGUCCACUAAUAAUGACAGCAUUCCGGACUGGUUGCCACAGAUGAGCGUUUCACGGAUAGAAACAGGCAAAGAUUGCUGUUCCAAUUAUUCUAUAGCGUUUCAUUAUAUAACGCCGGGUCGCAUGUAUCUAUUCGAUUUUUUGCUAUAUCAUUUGCGAAUCUUUGGUCGCAACUACGAGGAGCAACAGCCAGCGCGACUUACAAAUGACGAGGUGCUUGAACGGUUUCCACUUGAAAACAAUUCGGAAAUAAGAGAUUUGACCAACAUGCUCAAUAAGCCAGCUAAUUUUUAGAUUUGAUAACUUAAGCUUAUAUACUUAAGUAUAUAUAGUAGAAUCAGGUUAUAAUGACGCUCAAGGGACCGCCAUUCGAAUUUCCGUCGUAAUAUCGGUGCGGACGCCAUAACCGGAUUCUACUGUAUAUCCGUUUUCGCCUUGAGAUUUAAUUAUUGAUAAAUUGAUAUAUUUUAGUUAUAAUAUAUAUAUAAUAUUAUUAAUAAGCCAAGCUACAUUUAGUUUGGCGCUGUUCAAACUGUAGCUAUCUGCCUGUGGCUCUCAAACUGUUUGGUAAAUCGAAAGACUUAAGCAACAUACUAGCUUGGGCGGCGACCGAAAACUGUUGCCUACUUCUAGGUGCUGCAUUUAAAGUCCAUUUUCAGGUGAAUAAUAUGAAAUUAUAGAUAUAAUAAAAAAUAAAAUAAAAGCAAAAUAGUUUGAAAUAAAAAAUUUUAAUUAAGUUUAGGUUAUUUGUAUAUUAAGUUCUAUAUUGAUGUUAGGAUGCAAUUUAAUUUCAAAUUUAAUUUAAUUAUAUUAAAUUAAAAUGUGUUCAAUGAUAUAUUUAAGCUGCCAUGAA